AGACGAUCAUUGUGUCUCAUCGGCAGAGCGCGCGGCUCUUAGCUACUAACCUCUCGGAGGAUUGUCAACCCAAAGUUUGCUGACGAGAGAUACUCGACAGUCCGGAUUUCAACAUUGAAUUCAAACUGCAGACUUACCUCCGUUCUCAGCAGAUCUAUCUGACGAGCGACAUUCGAUACAAGCCAGCGAUGAACCCCUCUCCUGUGGUCACGAAUAUCAGGGGUAGAGCCCAGGUCGACCAGAAGACAGUUCAUCCCGAGUACAAUGACUCCAACGCGGACCUCUCUCUCGUCAGCAAUGACAAUGUCGUCAUUCAUGUGCACUCAUUCUAUUUGAAAGCGCACAGCAACACCUUCCGUGAACUUCUCACUGAUAUCAUGAUUGUUAACGCGGACCAACUGCAAAUGAAUCGAUCACCCAUUCCACUGGAUGCGUCCAGUAUCGCCGUUCAACUCUUCCUCGACUUUAUGGAUCUCAACAAGACUCGUCACAUUGUUGACAUCGAUCACAUUGCCCAGACACUGCAGCUAUGCCAGCAAUUUGAGUGUUCAUUCUUGUUCAAUCACAUCCUUGGCUACAUGGCCGAUCCAGCUGAAGCUGGCUUGUGGAUUGCACCCUGGAAAGUAUUCUGCAUCGCUGCCCGCUUCGACCAUCUCGGACUGGCCAAAGCUGCCAUUGGCCAGAUGGACUAUGAGCAAGGGAGUCCACCUCAAGGACGUUGGGAUAUCGAAGGAAUGACCGCCGCGUUUGCUGAGGAUUGCAAUAUGCGAUAUCUCCUCGGCUUUCUUCGCGUCACGACUGCCCAUUGCAAGCCGGCGCAGAAGGCCAAGCAAAGUGGGAAGCGUUCCUAUGAUUAUGAUUGGGAUGCUGCAGCAAAGGAUUUCAGAGUCGAGAGGACGCCAGUGAAGAGGGCGAAGAUCAAAUGCGUCGCAAGGAGUCAAAGGGGAGCAGCUUCUGCGACGAAUGAAGCGCCUGUAUCGUGAGACGUUGUAAGGCGGUACGCUUGACUCUUUCUCUGCCUCAUAUAUGACAGGCUAUCUUCGGCCCUGUGCGUCGUGAAACCGCCAUCAUGCAU